UUUUUUUUUUUUUUUUUUCAUCCCGCUAACAAAACUCGAAUUCGAUUCACGAUUCUUUUUCAUCUUCUCAUAUUCACUCAUCACCAAACACAAACAAACUUUCUACAAGCAAGACAGAAUCCGGGCAUUGUUCCCUAUCAUGUGUGCUGAAUGAUCUACUCAGCUCAAUAUUGAUUCGAUAUUUCCUUUAAAUUAGGCCGGCAUGAUGCGCAUGAGCCAUGGCAAACACAUCCAAUGCCGUGUCUGUCACCUCGAACCAACAUGAGGUCGAUACAUCUACUUCAAAGUCAACUUCAACAUCUAAAGUGAAAACUAAAUCUCACCCAAGCGGGCCUCCGCUUCAUAAAAUCUAUGCUCUUCCUGCCCCGAUUCGCAUUUUUCCCUUGCCAACUUUUUAUCCAAAUAACCCUGUGUCUCUCUUCCAUCUCGUCUAUACUUGGGCGAGUCAUAUUCUGUCACCGCCACCAGUUGAGCCUUCUGUCAUUCACAAUGGUCUCUGGUGCCCGGAAACUCGUUCAGUCCAAAUUAAGGACCCCAAGUCAAUAAGGGCGUUAUGGGAGCAAGGAUUUUUUGGCAAAGGUAACUACAGUCGAAGUGAACCAAACUGGCUCAAAAGAGAGCAUGCCCGGAGGGGCAAACAUGACGGUCAUGUAGCUGAAGAUUUAACUGCCCAGCGGCGGGAAGAGCGUAAGAUGAUGAAGUGGGACCGUGCAAGAAAAGAACAGGAAGCCAUACAACGAACUAGAAUUCUCGAGGCUUGGAUCGCCCCCGUAGGACCUAAGGAAUUACUUGCUCUUCCAAAUUCUGCAUGUGACGUGAAGCCUACGGAAAACUUAGCAGACGUCAUAUUGGGUCAAAGCCCCGUCGCAAAUGGCCAAGCAGGCGUUGUCAUACCCACCACUGGUGCAAGGCUGAAUGGCUCCUUGUCAACACACACCGCCAUGGAGGAGACUAUUGAUGAGAUGGACCCACCCAGCAAGGAGACAAUCUUGAUAUCUGAUGAGGUAGAUGACCAACCCGUGCGCCCUCGAACCCCAACCGACCAUAUUGGAGCACGUAAAUUCGUGCGGUUUUCGCCAAAGGUUGAGUCCACAACUUUUCGGGUGUCCGACCCGCCAAGUCCCGGUCACGUUGCGCCGUCGAAUGGGCACGUGCAAGACAGCGGUCUACCCAAGGGAAGCUUAUCAUCCCAACCGGCAGAUUUGGGUCUACCAGCGCCUCUUGUUGGGGAGAACCCUGUUUCCAAGACCAGCUCUAAGUUGGAGACCCAGAUCGUAGACAGGGAACAUCUGCAAUUAUGCCUGGAAGAAACCUUUUAUCUUGUCUUUGCCCUAGGGGCGCUGACGGUCAUAAACCCAGCGACUGGUAAGCCGUUCAGUGCAUCGGAGUUAUUCACACUCUUCCGCCAGACAUCAUAUAUGCCCCCGAGGAUGAGCAAUCUCCAACCGGAUGAUCCAUUUCUCCUUCAUUAUGCUGUGUAUCACCAUUUCCGUUCCCUGGGUUGGGUAACGCGGCCUGGAAUAAAGUUUGGUGUGGAUUGGAUGUUAUAUAACCGCGGACCCGUCUUCUCUCAUGCAGAGUUUGCAGUCAUCGUCUUACCUGCAUAUACGCAUCCAUAUUGGAAGGCUGAGGGUCGUGAGCCCCCAAGUAGAAGCUGGCAUUGGCUUCAUACGGUUAACCGUGUGCAAUCUACGGCGUUGAAGACCUUGGUACUGACAUACGUUGACGUGCCACCUCCAUUUGACGAGGGGCUUGGCGCGACGGAGAUUUUAAAGAGGUACAAAGUCCGCGAGUUUAUUGUGAAGAGAUGGCUCAGCAAUAGGAACAGGGAUUGAAACCCUUUAUGUACUUAUAAUCAUGAGGUGGGAUGAGCCGGAAUCACAGCUGCAUAUGAUGGCGUUAUGGUAUUAGAGGCCAAUAAUGAGCCAUGUCAGGAUUGGGACGUGUAAAUGUAUCGCGAGUGGUAUUAGCUGCAGGCAAUGAAUUUAUCCCACUCUAAUUUUCCUAAAU